GGGUGCUGUGUACCUCUCUGCUAGAGUUUGAUAACCGUCCACCGUCCUCACAACACUGUGUAGUCUCGCUUGGGUUUGUGGCUUUGCAUGUUUAGAUUUCGGGAGGUACCUGUCAUAUUGUCUGGUUUCUUAGCCACCAUAGUGGCCAGACGCAUUGCCAAGAUUUGCUGAAUACUAUCUCGUUCAAUAUGGAGUCUUCAUAUAUAUUACUUCUGCUGUUAUUAAGUUCCAAACUUGAGAGAUGCCUAGGAAUGGUAGGGAACGCCAGUAAUGUUCAACGGUUGGCGACGUGCCUAGCAGCUGAGGAUAUCACUCCAUGCGUGUGCUCUCAGGAGGACCCGCAAGUCCUGGACAUGGAUUGUUCUGAGGUGGCGGACGAAAAUGAGUUAGCUGCUGUGUUCCAAGCUAACUUCCCAUCCACAAACUUCCGCAGACUCACUAUUAAAGCCAACCAGAAUCUGAAGACUCUUCGGAGUGGCGAUCUGGGCGACGCCUCUUUCCAAGAGAUUUGGAUCACCAAAGGGGGCCUGGAGGAGAUCCAAGAGGGUGCACUCUCCGGCAGCGUCUCCACCGUAACCUAUUUAGUCUUCAAUUACAAUAAUAUCUCCUCGUUUCCCUUCGUCGAUUUGGAGACUUUCACGCAUGUCCAGUCGUUGGACCUGAGACACAACAAUAUACGAGGGUUCCCCAUGCUGUUCUCUACCACACUAGAGACGCUCUACCUAUCCGGGAACCCUCUGGGUGAACUCCCUCCAAGUGCUUUUUCGAAUACUUCCGCGCUGGUUGACAUCCACCUCUCCAGCGCCAAUAUUACCCAGGUGACCUUAGGAGUCUUCCGUGAUCUACCAAACCUCAGGAACUUGGGUCUUGGAGACAACUCAUUGACCUAUCUCGCUGGGGGUUCCUUCAAGUGCUCGCCCACGACAGGACUGAUCGAUUUAGGGUACAACCAGCUGGCUGGUGUCAGCCCGGCCUCCUUCACGGGUGAGUUCAUGCCGGUGUCAGCACCAGGCGGAUGAAAUAUUUAUAUUCGU